AUGUUUUAUUCAUCAACUUCUACUUCAACUUUGCAAGCUAAUGAACAUUCAGGAACUGUAACCAUAACACCAACUAUAACCUUUCAACAGCCGUCUAAAACACCUCCUGUUGUCACUUCUCAGUUAAAUCCGAUGAUAUUUGAAACUAAUCAGUUUAUUUCAACUACAAACCAACUUUUUGGUGACCCAGAAACACUUACUCAAAGAUUAGAUCUUGCAUAUCAAUAUGUUUUGAAUGUUAUUAAGCAUAAUAUGACAAUUUAUUCUAGAAACUUGCCACUUACUACUUGGAAUUUGAUUGGUCAAAAUG